GUCGCAACAUGUAAAUAAGAUUUGUUAUCUCUGAUAGUAUAUAACUAACAAUAGGUUUAUAUUAGUGAUCUACAUUAAUGAUCUCCUUGUUCACGUACUUAAACAUAGAUACACUAUUAAAGUAUUUUUAUCUCUUUACCAACGGAUUGUUUAAUUCCGAAAUAAAGCGAAAUAAAUUUAUUGUUUCGUUUUCAAAUUUCUGAAAAUGACAGGAAUAUAACAGUAGGAAGAAAAACUAAAGAAUGACUCGCCGCCCAGAGAGAUUGAAAGCUACAAAACUGUAUGGAUCUGAAAACGUAGCAGAUCAAUUAAAAGCGCCAGGAGAGAAUGGCAACAAACUGACGAAUCAAAACCCAAGUACCACGGAUAAGAAUCAACCAAAUUCUAAAUCAUUAAAGACUGGUAUUGUCGACAAAGAAGUGCCAAUGAAUUCAAACACAGAUACAACUUCAAAACCAGUAAGCACACAACAAAAACAUGGAGCGAAACUACAAAAUUCUAAGAUCCAGCCAACAGAAACGGGAGAGGAAAAUCUGAAAAGUAAUUGGGUAAAUGGAUUACCAAAAGGAUUUGUUACUCGCACUGAAAUGGAACAAAGGGUGAAUAGAAACAAUUUUGUCGUUGGUGAAAAACAGUUAAAAUCUCAGAGUAAUGAAGCAGGUGCUUUGAGUUAUGAUAAGUCAAAUAAUAACGCCAUUUCUAAAGGAAAUGUACAUUCUAAAGUUCCAUCUGGCUUCGUUACAUUGAAGGACAUGGAAACCCGCAUUAAAAACAGAAAAACAAAAUCAACGAAACUAACGCCACUGUACCUAGAAGAGGAAACAGAUGAGACACUAAAAAUUCCUUCAGUAAAUUUUGACCGAGAUCCACGCAUUAAAACUAAACCUAAUCCAAACGGUAUACAUGUUUUCAGUAAACUAGAAAAAAUAAAAGACGAAGCAAAAGAGACAGAUGAAGUCAAGCAAACAGACACGAGAUUACCAAAACGAAAUAAAGCUGGUGUUAACAAUGCGCUAAAAAUGGCAAAAGUAUCUAAAUUUAACAAUCAGGCAGUACCUAUGAGUUCCGAAAACGAGGAAGCAGUAAUAACUUUGAAGGAAAUUGAAAAGCAAAAAGGAAAUCACUUCUCUGAUACAAAUGAACAAGGAAGAAGAGAGAGUGGUGGUUCUGGAAAACAGCCAAGCAUAACAAUAACGCCAAGAAUGACAAGCACAGCCAUCCCAAAGGCGCCGAGAAAUAAUGCCCAAGCAAACAGUUUAAAAAGCGAUACAUUUGAAUCAGUGAAGAUAAUGUUAAUGAAUGCAAAUGGGAAGAAUGAUAAAGGUGGAACACCGACUGAAAGAAGGAAAAAUGCCAUACAAAAUGUAAUUCUAAAGCAUUCUCCAAAGAUUGUGCUUUUCCAAGAGUUUAGUUGGAAAGGCAUCACUGGUAAAACAUGGGCUAAAUACCCGUUCCCGGAACAUUACGUAUACAAGGGUCAUUAUGAUGCAAGUAUAAUGUACGAUUCUUCUUGUAUAACUGUGAAGGACCUCCCCUCAUCCGAUAUACAAACCAUCCUCUCCGGUUUACAAAGUAGCGCUAACAACCGCUUAAAAAGGACAUUUCCUAUGGAUUUUAAUCCUGUUGCUCGUAUGUGUCUAUCAAGAGUUUCCACCCCUUCCAAGCCUGCUCUAGAUUUCAUCUGCAUAUCAUGGCACGGUAAGUCAAAUGAAAAUGGGGGAGGAAGAAUGAAAGAGCUGAAAAAGAUUGAAUAUUUUGAGUAUUGGAUGGAAUUUUUAAGACACAUCAGGGAAAAGUAUAAGUUACCAAUAGUAGCAGGAGGAGACUAUAAUGUGGACAUGUAUAGCAUUGAAACAUAUGUGACAAGCCCAUUUAAACUCUGUAUCUAUGAAACAUCCAUGAGGAGAACUGUACGAGGAAUAGUCGACUACUGCAUUGUUACAGAUGAUCUUGAUUUCACGGAGAUCUCGUGGGUAAAUCUUGAUCGUGACACAAGCGUAUACCAUCCGAAUGAAAUUCUGGAUCAUGACCCGAUAGUUGGAUCUUUAUCUGUUAGUUUACUUGGUGCCUCUGAUGUGAAACUGGGAAUGAAGAAAUCUUGGCCCUCGCCGAUUGUCAAGCCAACGUAAUUUAUUCCAGGUGUAUUGAUAAAACAAAAAACGCUUUUGAGUCUUGCAUAUACUGUUUAGAUGGGCAAUUAUAUCAAUAAUUAUUCAACUGAUGUUAAACAAGUCAACAUUAAUAGCUGGAAUCCUUUAGCAUAUUUUAGCAAUCUUCAUUAGUAAUAUAUAAUAAUAUAAUUCCCAUCUUUUGGGUAUCAGGGAUAAUUAUUCUUGCCAGUAUUAUCUUCAAGGCCAAUUAUAUUAUUUUGCAUUUGCUGUAUAUCGUUCGUUGUUUUAAAGCUGCAUACCUACAUAUGAGCCAAAAAAUUUUUUAGAAAAUAAAACAAAAUGUGAGCCAAAAAGAUUUUAAGAAAAGUAAAAAGGUUGAAGAUUCCAGUAAUAAAUAAUUCACAUGUUUUGUGCGAUAAAUGACUAAUUUUUCAAUAUUUAUUACAUGUACCAUAUUAACACUGCAUGACUUACGUUGUGAUGACUAUUUUUGCACAUUAUUCACAACCUCCAAAAAACCCUCUUUUUAGUAAUAUUUCGUGGCUUGUAAGUGCUAAUUAUUUUCUUUGUUUACUUCACAUUGUUUUUACUUUUAAUCACAUUUUCAAGAUUUUCACGAAAUUUAGCCUGAAUCUGUAGGCAUGCUGCUUUAAUUGAUAAUCGAGAUUUUAACUAUUUU